AUGGUUGAUUGGGCAGUUCCGAUAAAGCCCAAGGACAUUGUUGAUUGGGCAGUUCCGAUAAAGCCCAAGGACGUUGUUGAUUGGGCAGUUCCGAUAAAGCCCAAGAACAUUGUUGAUUGGGCAGUUCCGAUAAAGCCCAAGGACAUUGUUGAUUGGGCAGUUCCGAUAAAGCCCAGGGACAUGGUUGAUUGGGCAGUUCCGAUAAAGCCCAAGGACGUGGUUGAUUGGGCAGUUCCGAUAAAGUCCAAGGACGUGGUUUAUUGGGCAGUUCCGAUAAAGUCCAAGGACAUGGUUGAUUGGGCAGUUCCGAUAAAGCCCAAGGACGUGGUUGAUUGGGCAGUUCCGAUAAAGCCCAAGGACAUUGUUGAUUGGGCAGUUCCGAUAAAGUCCAAGGACGUGGUUGAUUGGGCAGUUCCGAUAAAGCCCAAAGACGUUGUUGAUUGGGCAGUUCCGAUAAAGCCCAAGGACGUGGUUGAUUGGGCAGUUCCGAUAAAGCCCAAGGACAUUAUGUAA